AUGUUCUUUCAGUCUGCUGUAUGUCAUGGGUAUGCGGGAAACCGUGCGGCAACGUUUCCUUUGCAAUUGCUUGGUUGGGAUGUCGAUGUAUUGCCAACGGUGCAUUUUUCAAAUCAUCUGGCCUACGGAUCCACGCAUGGGAAAGUAUACUCAAGUGAGGAUGUAAGCAGUCUACUGAAAGGCCUGGAAAACGAUUCAAUGGGGGCAUACGAUGCUAUAUUGACCGGCUACAUUCCGAAUGAAAACAUCUUGGAUAUUGUUUCAGAAUUCGCUAUUGCCUAUAAACAACGACACCCAAAUACCAUUUGGUUGAUGGAUCCGGUAAUGGGUGAUGAAGGUCGCAUGUAUGUCGAGGACAAUGUUCGCAACAAGUAUCAGCAACUCUUGGCUAUGGCUGAUAUCAUAACACCAAAUGCGUACGAAGCACAGCUUCUAGCAGGAUUUCCGGUGGAGGAUAUGAAGAGUGCUAAGGCAGCUAUUAAUGCAAUUCACACUCGAUAUCACAUACCAAUCGUAGUAAUCACUUCCUUCGCUGAUUCUGAUGACGAAGAAAAACUGCGCUGCAUGGCUUCCAUGAAAAUCGGAAACUCGUGCCAACCAUUCUAUUUCAUUUUCGAUUACAUUUCUGGCUUCUUCACUGGAACAGGUGAUCUGUUUGCAAGCAUGUUGCUUGCCAAGACUGCACAUGCAGUUGGAGAUUUGUUUCACAAAAUCACUGAACUUAGAAGCAACGAUAUCCAAUUGUCUUCGGACGAUAAACAGAGACUGAGACAAGGUUUUGAGUCUGCAGUCGGCCAAGUUCUUACUUCUAUGCACAAGGUGAUUACAAACACUAAAGAAUAUCUAGAUGCACAAGUGUCCAAGGACCCCAGUCUGUUGAACAAUCAGUUUUUGCUAAACAAUGCCCGAGAGCUGCGCAUCAUUCAGUCACAACAGGAAAUCCAGUCCUAUGAAUGCUCUCUCCCGCUUUACUAUGCAGAUCCGGAAGGAGUGGAAGAGGGAUUAAAAGGCUGCUGA